UUAGGGCCAUAGACUUAGAUGCGGAUCGUCCGGGGGCGUUACAAUAGCGCGUAGUGACGUCGCCCCAUCUGGACACUCCAACGGUGAGACGGAAGGACAAGUGACCGGCUGGUGACACACACCCAGAGUCGCGUCUUGAUGCUACCCUACCGCCUAUACCGUCUUCGCUCUGGACCUGGACAAAAUGUGACAACCCUAGUCGUUCAACCUAUCCAGCCCGGUCAGAACAAGCGCAAGCCCACCAACGGCGAGAUGGAGGAGGACGGCGGCCAUCGUGCCUCGCAAGACAACGACGCAUCUUCGCUGCACCAGUCUUUGGCUUCUAACGAUGGCAGGGCCAGUCCUGACUGGGACGCCGCUACUCAGUCCAACGUUCCUGCACCUCACGCAAUGUCACCUUUCUGGCUCGCCGACGAGCUUAUCGGGAGCGUCUCUGACCUGAAGGCUCACCACUCAAGAGACUUCUCCGUAUCGUCUACCCAAACUUUAACUAACGGAGGCGACGACACCGGAAGCCUUGCUCGCUUGCAUUCUUCGAGCAUCGGAGAAGCAGAUCGGUAUGCUACCUUAGCUGAUCUAUUAAUCGACUCGGCGCCGCACCUGCGACAUCUAGCUACCGUCAACGCAGAGGACCCCAAGGCCCGAGUCGUGUCCUUCCCACCCGGCCGUCAGCUCGUUACUCCCGUAGAAGAGCAGCGGCAUCCAGGGAAACAGACCAAUAGCACCGUACAGCUAAACAUACAAGAGCCGCCGAGCGACGAGUCGAGCCAAGAAGCCUCCUCUACCGAAGGCGAAAGCGCCGACCAGAAAGAUCUAUUCUUGCAGGGAAUUCCCUUAUUACUACUUACCCUUGGUCUCUCGUUAGUUGUUUUUUUGAUCUCUAUAGAUCGUACUAUCAUUACCACCGCCAUUCCUUUUAUCACCUCCGAGUUCAAGUCCACAGCGGACAUCGGUUGGUAUGGAUCAUCGUAUCUCCUUACGGCAUGUGCCUUCCAGCCCGUCUUCGGACGGGUCUUCACUCUCUUUAACGCUAAAUGGGCGUAUCUCCUAUCUAUGUUUGUCUUCGAAAUCGGAUCCAUUAUUAGCGGAUUCGCGCCGUCUUCCGCGUCUCUUAUUAUCGGACGCGCCAUUGCCGGGUUCGGUAGCGCGGGUAUCCUUACCGGAAGUUUCGUUAUCGUUGCUACGGCUGUGCCAUUGAAUGUUCGGCCGAUAUAUACUGCCGUCGUUGGGUUAAUGUUCGGUGUUGGCGCGACAGUCGGUCCUCUAAUAGGAGGCGUAUUCACAGAUCUAGUCACAUGGCGAUGGUGCUUCUGGAUCAACCUCCCCGUAGGCGCCGUAACAAUCAUCGUAAUGAUCCUCGUCUACCACCCCCAACCGCACCCCGGGCCCCGCCCCAAAAUCCUAUCCCGCCUAAUCCAACUCGACCUAAUCGGCAACGUAAUCCUCCUCGGGUCCGCCGUAAUGCUCUUCCUAGCCCUCGAAUACACGCUCACCGGCGCCGACUGGGCCAGCGCCGAGAUAAUCGGGCUCCUAGCCGGCGCGGGCAUCACAGCCCUGCUCUUCGUCCUGUGGCUCUGGUGGAAAAAAGACGUCGCCCUGAUCCCGCCCGCCAUCGCAAAGCAGCGCACCGUCGCGGCCUCCUGUCUCAUGGCCUUCUUCACGUACGGCGCGCUGCUCAUCCACACCUACUUCCUGCCCAUCUGGUUCCAGGCCAUCCUCGGCUACUCCGCCAUCCAGUCCGGCGUAGCCAUGAUCCCGUACUUCGUCGCGAACGCGCUGUUCUCCGUCUUCUCCGGCAUCUUCGUCUCUGUCGUCGGCUACUUCACUCCCCCCGCGAUCCUCGGCUCCGCUAUUGGAACCGUCGGCUGCGGUAUCAUCACCCUCUUCUACCCCGCCAUGUCCACCCCCAUGUGGAUCGGCUUCGAGAUCCUCGCGUCCGCCGGCUUCGGCAUGUCCAUCCAGCAGGGCUUCACAGCCGUGCAGACGGUCCUCGCCCCCGAGGAUCUCGCGGUCGGGACUGCGGCUGUCGUGGCUUCGCAGUCGCUGGGCGGCGCGGUGUUUAUCUCUGUCGGGAACAGCGUGUUUCAGAACCGUCUCGAGGCACUUGUUCGCGAGACCGAUAUCCCGGGUCUAGAUGUCCGCAAGGUUAUAAGUGCGGGCGCGGUCGCGUUUCGCAAGGUCGUGAGCCCGGAUGAAUUGCCCGCUUUGCUCGCGCUGUAUGAUGCUGCGCUGCAUACGGUGCUCGUUGUUGCGGUGCCGCUGGGCGCGUGUGCGUUUCUGGCGUGCUGUGCGUUGCAGUGGAAGAGUGUGAAGAAACCGUCUCCACCGCCGCCGCAGGGUGCGGAUGCGGAUGUGGAGAAGGCGGCGCGGGAGCAACGGGAGGGAGGGUUAUGAUGAGGAUGGGGUGGGUUGGCUGGGGAGGGUGUUUGGGUUCGGAUUGUUAUGUUAUGUCAUGGAUAGAACGUGUAUUAAUUAUGAUAUAUAUUUUAAUGAGGAUGUAAUG